AUGACUGCCAUAUCACCAGGAGUCGCCCUAGCCAUGGAUACGCUGAUCAAGAGAGAGGAUGAAGGGAUUUGGUAUCACAGCCCGUUCGCUGCAAAGCUUUGCAGUUGCAUCAUCGAAAUCACAACAGCUUGUGUACUAUCCAGCUUCAUCACACUGCGUGCAAUGAGAGUCAGGAGGAAGGGCUGGCAAAACUUGCCGUGGAUCAUCUGGCUCGUUUUUCUCAUUUACGGAACAUCUCUGGCAUAUUCAGUCUCUGCCCUCAUCAUGCAGUUUGUGGUCGGAAAUGGUACGAGCAAAGCAACAUGUAGAGCAACAGCACUGCUAUGCCCGAUUAUCUACAUGGGAAGCAAGUUCAUCUUCCUGUUUCUUGUUGAUCGCGCACACGUCAUUCGCAGCACCAAGAAAGCAAGGCUGAGGUCUAAGCUAUAUCUCUGGAACAUUUUCCUGGUCAUCGUGCUAGGCAUCUACGGCACGAUUAGCAGCUACAACAUUGCAGAAUCCACUCGCAACUCCACGAUGGGCAGCAGUCUACUUAACUGCAUCACCAUAGUGGAUUUGCGGGGUGAGGUUGCGUGGCUAUGCAUGAUGUGUUGCACAAGCGACAUUCUAUUUUCAGCCAUCGUCAUUCACUGGAUGAUGAACAGCAGCAGUACAGGCACCCGUGAGGCCACGGAGGAAUCCGGUACCAAGACCUCUACCAGAGCGCUGUGUCAGCAGCGGCCUUCUCCUCCUGGCGUCGCCUCCCCUCGCCCGAUUCACGUGUUGUCUAGCCUGCGAAGUCAUUAUUCGGCAGGAGUGUAA